AUGGCUGAUGUAUGUGGUUUUGUGGAUGCAACAGGCUCGCAUUUGCCUCAGACUAGAGCACCACAGCAGCGCCCUUUCCUAGCGCUAAAGGAUACGGAGCACGCCAGCAGCGAUGAUGUUCAAAAGCUUUACGAGCAGGCGACGAGCGCGUCCUCCAUAGCGUAUCACCUGUUCGUAGCGGCGGAGUCACUGUCGCGUGCUGAAGGCAAGUCCGUUGUGGUCGUUGGUGGUCGGGCGUUGCCACAGUUCGUCGGCCCCGAUCAAUCUGUAUGCGUGGGUGUAAGUAGACAUGGCCGUUGCACCUGGCAAGUUAACGUGCCAUCCUCCAACGCUCUUCUGCCGUACUUAACACCGGUCAUCCUAAAGCUGUACACAUCACAUCCGGAGCGUAGAACGUCCCCUGCGGCUGUAAAUUCGUACUCCCUGUCUUGGAGCUUGUACAGAUCAUCUCCAACGUUGCAGUCCUGCCACUACGAUCUGUACACCUCCCUCGGAGCUGCCUUUUCCUGGGUCCGGGACAACAUCCCCCUGCGGCUGCAGGAGGUCUCCGGGCAGCCUCUGGCCUCCGCCGCGUGGCCCGACAUGUCGCGGACUACCCCGCUCAAGCUGGCGGCGAGGGUGGCGGAGGCACUGCUGCGAAAUAACAGCCUCGGCGAUACGGCCUCCCAGCUCAAUGCCAGUUGCGGCCUGGCAGCGGCGGACUUCGCGGCCCUGGUGCCAAACAUAUCGUCGGUCCUCAUCGACCUGCACGCGGACCUUCCAUUGCUUCAGGACAUUGCAAAACAGCUGUACGGAAACAGUUGUGGAGCGCUGGGACCUGCACAGUACGAUCAGGCGCCCGUGUUUAUUGACCUGAUGGUUCGCCUGGUGAACUUGAUGGCGAAGCCGACAAACUUCAGCUUCUUUGUCAAGGAAGUCCGCAACAACGCCACAACGUUUCCCAGCCUCGUUGUGGGCAACCGAAGCAGGUGGCUCGACGUACCAUUUUGCGAGGAGAUGGGCUGCCUUAACGACAAUUCAUACGUGUCUUCGCUUGUAGCCGACUUUCCCCGGAGCAUCAACGUCUUCGUAGCAGCUGACUCAACAUCUGGGAGCCCUGGUGCCGCGUAUGCCCCUGGGUCAGAUACCUACCCAGCGAAGGGUUUGAUAUUUGUUACUUGGGAUUCGAUUUCCAUUUCUGGCUUCAAUUCCCCCGCAUUGUACAACGAGGGCUCACGGACGCUUCUACAUGAGAUUUUCCACCAUCUGGGGCUGACUCACCCUUUCGGGAAAUCCUACAGCUGUGACGAUGAUGACUAUGUUCUCGAUACACCAGUCUCCCUUGGUCCGGUGUAUGCGAACAUAACACUCUUCAAGGUUGCUAUAGGCCACUGCAUGGAGGUCUUUUGGAAUCAACUCGGGGGCAGCUGGGAUGCAGCGUACAAACGCAUGGCUUCACGCCUGGGAAUACCGGAGGCCGACAUGAAUGCCUGGGCGGAUAGCUGUCCCGACAGCCCCGGGUACGACGAGCUGGGCAAUUACAUGACGUACAGCGCCCCUGUCUGCUUUGCGGCGCUGGGCCACUUCACACUGGGCCAAGCGCUACGGGCACACUAUGUGACGUCGGAGCGUAAUCGCCUCAUGUACGCAUGGGGACAGUACUACGCAUCCACGGCGCCGCCGCCACCGCCAGUGACUUCCUCGCUACCUUAUACGUGGGACUACGGCAAGGUCACAGCAGGUACGAGUUAUCCAAGCCCCCAGCCUCCAAGCCCGUUGCCGCCGCCGCGGCCUCCAAACCCGCCACCACCGCCCGCGCGUCUAAGGUCGCCACCACCACCCAUGCCUCCGCCAUUGCAGCGGCCUCUAAUCUCGCCACCAUCGCCCUCGCCUCCAAGCCCGUGCCCUCCAAGCCCCGUGCCCCCAACCCUGCUACGGCCGCCCCGGCCUCCAAGCAAGCCACCACCGCCCAGGCUCCCAAGCCCGCAGCCACCCCAACCAUCACCCUGCACAGCCUCCAAGUAA